AUGAGGCCGCUCGAUGAGCGCCCAGCAUUCCUGCCGACACUCGGCAACAUCGUCGGCUCGGCCGCAAGCGUCGGAAAUGCGAUGAUGGGCGUCGCUUUCUACGAGGCAGGAGUCGUCCACUUUUGGCUCCAAGCUAUGAGAGGAAUGCGAAUUAGCGAUUUCUACAAUCACUGGGCGAGCCCCAUCAAUGUGGUCGGCGCCGUGAUGGCUCUCUGUCACGGCAGAGCGGUUCGCAUGAGCUUGGUCUGUCUCUUGGUCACAGCUACAAUGUUUGCACGCACGCCAAUCAUUCACAGCGCCUACCAUACAGAGACGGCGUCAAUCCCUUUCUUUGGGAUUGCUGCGGUAGACAUGACACCCAACGUCACCCAUUACGGGGUUCUUCCCUCUUCCAUGGCGGCCACUUCCCUCAACGCGUUCCGUGGUUUGCAAGCAAACCAACCCAUCAUGUUCGGCGAGGAUGUCUGUGAUAAUUGCACCUUGAAUGCUCUUGGGCUCGGGUGGAAUGCUAAGUGUUGGUCCUUCCAUGCCGGAUCAUAUGACUUUGAGGAUCCCAUCCUCGACGCGCGCUUCGAUUCUGUCACCUACGACCUAUUCAAGAUUGAUAUCACGGAUUCACGGAUUUACAUGGCCCAAACGGGUUUGGAAUCAGCAUCAGUACUCUGCGCAAACCUCAAGAUGGCUAUCGACGUCCGUGGUCGGAUGACAAAGUUUGAGCCGAACAAUGUGAUUGAAUCUGUUGAGACAUAUCCGCGCUACCCCUUCGAGCUCGAGUACCAGAUGUACCCAGGCCUCAACAGAGUAUUUCACGUACACGACAAUCGGUUUGUGCAUCUCGGCAGUGUGGGACGCACCAUGUUCAACACACACCUCGACGCGACGUACAAAGAAGAAAAAGUCUAA